AUGCGGCAGACUUCUCCCAAUUCUCUUCACUCUCUAGUCUCUCCGCCUUUCUCUAUCCCUUUCAAUGUUCCAAUGGCAGUGGCCCCUCUAACCGGCUCCACAAAGGCUGUAGGCCUGCCUUCGUUCCCGUCUCCCAUGACCAUGAGUCCUCUCACACUCGACAGAAACUCCCUGGGCCGGGGCCAGAGACUGGGUCAAGUGCAGGCGCUGAAAACUUUCUCUCUUCCGGAUCUUCCCUACGACUAUAGGGCUCUGGAGCCGCUGAUCAGCGGAGAGAUUAUGGAGCUCCACCACCUGAAGCACCACCUCACUUAUAUCACCAACUACUACAAAGCACUCCACCAGCUGGACGAAGCCAUCUCUAAAGGCGACUCUUCUUCCAUCCUUCGGCUCCAGAGCUCCAUCAAGUUCAAUGGCGGAGGUCAUAUAAACCAUUCAAUUUUCCGGAAGAAUCUCGCUCCUGUAAUUGAAGGCGGUGGUGAGCCUCCAAAUGGCCUCUUGGGUGUGGCCUUUCACUCUUCCUAUGGUUCCUUAGAAGCAUUGAUGCAGAAGAUCAACGCAGAAGGUGCUGCUUUGCAGGGCUCUGGUUGGGUGUGGCUUGCCCUGGAUAAAGAAAUGAAGAGGCUUCAGAUAGAAACCACUCAGAAUCAGGAUCCCCUCGUAACUAAAGGACCAAACCUAGUCCCCUUACUUGGUAUUGAUGUUUGGGAGCAUGCAUACUACUUACAGUACAAAAAUGUAGAAGCUGACUACCUGAAGAACAUAUGGAAGGUUAUGAACUGGAAAUAUGCGAGCUGUAUGAGAAAGAGAGUGCCUGAGGACGAUCUGAAAAUAGCGUCAUAGAGAGCCAAUCGGGCCGGCGCGGCCCAACUGCCAAACAACACAUAUACCCAUGGGCCAG